UCUUUUUCUCCUCCUCCUUCACUGAAUGGCUUUGUUUUAUGGACGUAAUGUGUUGCUCAUAGGGUCAAAUUUCCUCUGUCCGUCUGUGUGCGUGGGAUUCUUCACUGAUAUAUAAAUCACGAGUGACUAUAAUACCUGCGAGAAAAGUCACGUCCAAAGAGGAAACGCAACUGCGAUCCACGCCUGGCUGUUUUGUACCAAGUGGAUUUGCUCAAUACUUGGGGCCAGUUCCAAACCUGGGGAGGAACGAUUGACUCACGCGUGCGUGCUUAGUAACGGAUUUUAAACUGUUUUAGGUUUUCUCUGGUAAAACAAAAAGAAGAAAAAAAAGAUACAAACUUCACUUGGAAAAGGUGCGGCGCUGGAUGGGUCUUUCCAACUGUAUUAAUAUUUGGAUGAUAUUUUUGGGGAGUGUUUCUCAAGUCUGACCACUGCGUGGCUAUAAGGUGUUACUCCGGCUCUGCCUUCCUAGUUGGAUUCUAGCGAGCAGUCAGAACACCUGUGACUGUCACUACGCGCUCCAUUAUAUCUCUUGGUCCAGGCUCAACGGGUUUUGGCUAAGGGUGACAGCACGCACACUCCAGAGUAUUGUCCCGGUUUAGCAAACUGAUGGCGGCUUCAGCACCUUCCUCCUCCGCUGGCGACCCGGAUCCCAAUUCGACUAAUUUACUACCACCAUCCACAACCUAUGAUGCGUGGUGCGGCGUAGCACACGGCUGUACGAGGAAGCUGGGGAUGAAGAUAUGCGGCUUCCUGCAAAAGAAUAACAGCCUGGAGGAGAAGAGUCGUAUCGUCAAUGCCCUCAAGGAGCAAUCUUCCAAAAAUCAGCAGAGCUGCGAAAACAGCGAACGGGAUGAUGCCCAAUUCAGGCGCACUGAAACGGACUUCUCCAACCUGUUUGCUCGGGAUCUACUGCCCGCCAAAAAUGGAGAGGAGCCCACCUUGCAGUUCUUGCUGGAACUCGUGGAGAUCCUCACCAACUACGUGCGCAAGACCUUCGACAGGUCAACCAAAGUGCUGGACUUCCAUCACCCGCACCAGCUGCUUGAGGGAAUGGAGGGCUUCAACCUGGAACUCUCCGACCAGCCCGAGUCACUUGAACAGAUCCUUGUGGACUGCCGAGACACACUGAAAUACGGCGUGCGAACAGGUCAUCCCAGAUUCUUUAACCAGCUGUCCACUGGGCUGGACAUCAUCGGGUUAGCUGGAGAAUGGCUGACCUCCACCGCAAACACCAACAUGUUUACGUACGAGAUUGCUCCUGUCUUUACACUGAUGGAGCAACUCACACUGAAGAAGAUGAGAGAGAUGGUUGGCUGGCCAGGUGGCGAGGGGGAUGGUAUUUUCUCACCUGGGGGCGCCAUAUCCAACAUGUACAGCGUGAUGGUUGCACGUUACAAGUACUUCCCGGAGAUCAAAACUAAAGGAAUGUGUGCCGCACCCCGAUUGGUCCUCUUCACCUCAGAACAUAGCCACUAUUCCAUCACCAAGGCUGGAGCAGCGCUGGGAUUCGGCAAGGAGAACGUCGUUCUGCUGCGCACAGAUGAGAGGGGCCGAGUCAUCCCCGCCGACCUGGAGGCCAAGAUUAUCGAUGUCAAGCAGAAGGGUCAUCAUCCACUCUUUGUGAACGCCACGGCUGGGACCACAGUGUAUGGGGCAUUCGACCCCAUCAACGAGAUCGCUGACAUCUGCGAGAAGCACAACCUUUGGCUGCAUGUGGAUGGUGCCUGGGGAGGUAGUCUGCUGAUGUCCAGGAAGCACCGUCACAAGCUGAGUGGCGUUGAGAGGGCCAACUCCGUCACAUGGAACCCACACAAGAUGAUGGGCGUGCCACUGCAGUGCUCUGCCAUCUUGGUCAGGGAGAAGGGUGUCCUCGCAGGCUGUAACUCCAUGUGCGCUGGAUACCUUUUCCAGCCCGACAAGCAGUAUGACGUCACCUAUGACACUGGGGACCAGGCCAUCCAGUGCGGCCGCCAUGUUGACAUCUUCAAGUUCUGGCUCAUGUGGAAGGCCAAGGGAACAAUAGGGUUUGAGCAGCACGUCGACAAGUGCUUGGAGCUCUCGGAUUACCUCUACAACAAAAUCAAGAACCGGGAGGGAUAUGAGAUGGUGUUCGAGGGGGAGCCCCAGCACACAAAUGUCUGUUUCUGGUACAUUCCACCCGGCAUGAGAGGCAUGCCAGAUGGGGAUGAGCGCAGCGAGAGGCUUCACAAGGUUGCACCCAAGAUCAAAGCCAUGAUGAUGGAGUGUGGCAGCACCAUGGUGGGCUACCAGCCCCAGGGCGACAAAGUCAACUUCUUCCGCAUGGUCGUCUCCAACAACGCUGCCACCAGGUCCGACAUCGACUUCCUCAUCGACGAGAUCGAGAGGUUUGGCACUGACCUGUGAGAGUGCUGCUAGCGCCCUCGGUGGCUGCAGGUUUGCACUGCAGCCUUGCCAUUUGGAGGAGGGAAGAAAAACUGAGCUAUAGCUCGCCCUGUCUAACCCCUCUUCAUGGCCCGACUGGUUACCACAUAGAGAUUAUACUCAAGCCAUUACCUGAUGGCUUUACCCACCCCCCUUUUCGCUUUUUCUCAUUCGACGGCGCGGGUUGAUGAUGUAAUCAGAUGUUGUGUGCUGUCGUCUCCUAUAUGCUCUCAGUGCGUCCUGUCCAUUUCUUUCUCUCUUUGUCAGUAGAUAUUUAGCUGAAUGUGCUACACAGAGUCCUGGCUUCAACAGGACCCUUUCAAAGACAGAGGGAAAGCCCUUUCCAGCAUCUGUGAUGUUGUAUUUGACCAUGGUAGAAAGUCUAAUAUUAACACUACACCAUAUGAGAUCUAUUUUAUCUAUAUUAAAAAAAAUACAUAAAUAAAUUAUACUGGUGCUUUAUGUUUGUACAUAUGGAUAAAUUAUAAGACAAGGCGCACCACCUUAAUGUUACUGCAAUUCUUCCUUCCCAAAGCCUAUGAGUGUUUAAGUAGUGCAGUUUGUGUUGUAAAACAGUGAUAAUGUACUGUAAUCAGCGCUGUACUCUAUCGCCAUGUUUCCAGAGCUUUCCACUCUCGUGUAGACUGUGUAAAGUACUGACACAUUGCCUUUGUGAGAGAUACAUAUAAAUAUAUAUAUCUAUAUGUAAUAGUUUUCCACUACGUUUCAAAUGUUUAUUCUAUUAAGAGCUCAUAGUUGUAUAGAGGUAAAACUAGAGGUCUAUGAAAGAUAUAUGAAAAAUUACCAAAAAAAUAAUUAUUUGUAUGAUGACAUAUUGACAGUGUUUGAGAGUCUAGUAUUUUAUUCCAUUUGUAAUGUAUCUUUUAAACUAUGUAAUCAAAUGCGUUUUAAAUAAUGUUUAUGGUACCGUAGUGAAUUUGUGAGCCAAAGACACAAACAACUAGACAUGCAUCAAUCCGCUGCCCAUCCAAUGAACAAAUGGGUACAUUUAUGUAAAUUAAUAUAUAUUAUGGAUCUUAUGCACAUAAUGAUAACUGUAUGAGGUAUGAUGCACUCAGCAUCCAAUCUCAGUGCAAUCGAAUCGUGUUGUGUACCUGUUGUGUCGUAUGUUACUCUCUUUCUGUGUAUGCGCGAGUCUCUGUGUGUGUCUGUGUGUGUGUGUGUGUAUUUAUGGGUGUGUGAACGAGUGUGAGUGCGUGUGCGUGUGCAUGUGUGUGUGUGUGUAUGAGUCGCUCUGAAUGUUCCCGAGAACUCGGGACAGGGUCGUCUGCGGCGUUGUGGUGCGAUGCUCGACUCAGGCAGUGUCGUCUCUGCCCUUUUUCCUUCUCUAGCGAAAAGCACAAAGUGGGUGGGCCUCGUGGGAGGCACGAGGACUGUAACACUCCUCUGUAGAGAGAACAGACUGUGUACAUAGACAAUAACCAUAUAGACAAGAUACCUAUUUAUCAUUCAUUUAAUGAAUAUUUACGCAUACUUAUAUUUACCUUCGCUGCGGAAGGCAUUUUAAGGAGAUGUAGGCCUACUUACUCAUUUAACACAAUGUUUGAAUUCAAGUCUAAUCGUUUGCACAGCGUCCUUUCCUCCCAUUCGACUCCAUUGUAAAUGGAUUUUAUGCCGGGAGGGAGUGAUGCCGUAUACAGUAUUUUCUGGACCAGAAAAAGCAAAGCUGCACAAUAAGCUAUGUCACUGUCUGUUUAUUCAGUUGAAUGAAAGCUGUAUGUCCUAUUGGGUGAUGGUCCUUCUUGUGUAAUGAUAGGCACUUUAGCACACAAUCCCGCCAUGUUCAAACUGUUAUUGUUACAUGUAAUAAAACCUCUAUUAAAAACA